GUCUCCUAGUGACGGAGUGUGAAACAACAUGCCGGAAGUAGGUUUUCUGGAUACAGAGUUCCCAGAGUUGGAAAGGUAACUGUAAAGUCGUGAGAAAAAAAAAAAAACGGGAAUUGACGACAGAAGAAGAAAGGAGGACGCGACCAAGGCGAAUAAGAGUGUUUCGUGUUUUUUUGUUGCAUUUUCGUCCCCAGCUGCAGAUAAUACAAUGGGAUUACCAGCUCUGGAGUUCAGCGACUCUUUUCUGGACAGUCCUGAUUUCAGAGAUCGGCUGAAAUGUCACGAAAUUGAACUGGAUCGGACGAAUAAGUUCAUAAAGGAGCUCAUUAAGGAUGGCAACAUGCUGAUCAGCGCCCUGAGAAAUCUUUCUGCAGCUGUGCAGAGGUUUUCACAGUCUCUUCAGGAUUUUCAGUUUGAAUGCAUCGGCGACGCAGAAACCGAUGAUGAGAUUAGCAUUGCUCAGUCAUUAAAAGAAUUCUCUCAGCUAUUAAACACAGUUGAAGAGGAACGACGACGACUCAUACAGAACGCCGAUGACGUCUUGAUUGCGCCGCUGGAGAAGUUUCGCAAGGAGCAAAUCGGUGCUGCCAAAGACGGAAAGAAGAAAUUUGACAAGGAAACAGAGAAAUAUUAUACCCUUAUGGAAAAACACCUGAAUUUGUCCUCAAAAAAGAAAGAGACAUUUUUACAAGAGGCAGAUACUCAGAUCAAUAAGGAGCGACAGAUGUUUUGUGACGCCUCUCUUGAAUACGUCUUCAAGAUCCAAGAAGUGCAGGAAAAAAAGAAAUUUGAAUUUGUUGAGCCGCUCCUGGCUUUCCUUCAAGGACUGUUCACAUUUUACCAUGAGGGUUACGAGCUGGCGCAUGAAUUUGAGCCUUAUAAACAGCAACUUCAGUUCAACCUACAGAAUACAAGGAAUAAUUUUGAGAGCACCAGACAGGAAGUGGAGAAUCUGAUGCGUAGGAUAAGGUCAGCAGAACAGGACUUCAAAGCUCCAGGACAGUGGACUAUGGAGGGCUUUCUUUAUGUACAGGAAAAGCGUCCUCUGGGAUUCACAUGGAGUCGACACUACUGCACGUAUGACAAAGAGACUAAAAUGUUCACCAUGAGCAGCUCUGAAAUCAAAUCUGGCAGCAAACAGAACGGACUGGUUCUGAGUCCACCUGAAAUAUUCAAGCUCAAGUCGUGCAUCAGGAGAAGGACAGACUCCAUCGACAAGCGAUUCUGCUUCGAUAUUGAAGUAGUGGAAAGAAAUAACACUUGUCAAGGGAUUCUGUUCGCUUCUCUUCAGUGUUUCUAUAAAGUCCACCGGCAUGGCAUCAUCACCCUGCAGGCUCUGUCUGAAUCCAACAGACGUCUGUGGAUGGAGGCAAUGGAUGGGAAAGAGCCAAUUUACACACUUCCUGCACUUCUAAACAAGAAAGAAGAAACAUUCCUAAAUGAGGCUGGGUUUAACUUUGUCAAGAAGUGCAUUCACCUUGUAGAGACAAGAGGUAUCCAAACGAUGGGUUUGUACAGAAUUGGAGGCGUGAACUCUAAAGUACAGAGACUUAUGACUUCUGUGUUUGCCGCUAAAGCUCCUGCAGACAUGGACCUCGACCCAGACACCUGGGAUAAUAAGACCAUCACAAGCGGACUAAAAAAUUAUCUCAGGUGUCUGGCUGAACCCCUGUUAACCUACAGACUUCACAAGGACUUCAUCAUGGCAGUCAAGUCAGACGAUCAGAGCUACAGGGUCUGUGCGGUUCACUCUCUCGUACACAAGCUGCCCGAGAAGAACAGAGAGAUGCUGGACAUCCUGGUCAAACAUCUGCUUGUCGUUUCCACACACAGCCAGAAGAAUUUGAUGACGGUAUCCAAUCUCGGUGUGAUCUUUGGCCCUACACUGAUGCGCUCUCAAGAGGAGACUGUGGCCGCUAUGAUGAACAUCAAAUUUCAAAACAUUGUGGUGGAAAUUCUCAUAGAGAACUAUGAGAAGAUCUUUCAUCAGUCUCCAGAUCCAAACGUGCCUCUACCUCAGCCUCAGGCUCAGUCACGUUCCAGCUCACGCCGUAGCAAAGCCAUCUGCCUAUCCUCAGGCCCACGCAAGUCCCGAGGCCUGUAUACGCCUGCUCUCUGCCUGGCUGAUGCUGACAGUGACACGUUCAGCAGCAGCCCCAGCAGCACACCAAUGGGCAGCCUGGAGUCUCUGUCCUCUCACUCAUCAGAGCAGAAUGGCUGCUCUAAGGCGGCCUCUCCCUCACGCUCCAAACACAAGAUCUCCGGCAGCCUGUGCUGGACCACUCCGUCCCCGUCCUCUGACGGCCCUAAGAGCCCAGGUGGCACCACUAGUCCUGACUCCAGCUCCAAAGAGGAUGCAGCAAAGACAGACGGAGAGUGGGAGGAGGCUCUUAGUGUUCUCCCACCAGAGCGAGUUUCUCCAGCUCCGGAGCUGCCUAACAGAGCUGAGGAGGAGAACGCAGAAGUGCAAAGAUCAGGCCGCAUCUCCAGCAUGUCCUCCUGCUCCUCCCUCACCUCCUUACACAUCUCUGAAGGUUUCCGGAGCUGCCAUGGUUCAGUUCAGAGUCUGGUUUAUUGCAGUAACAGAGACAGCCUGAAGUCACUGCCUUUACCAGACCUACCUGUUAGAGACCCAGGAAGAUGCAGCCUGGACUCAACAGGGAGCAACGGAUACCAGAGACCUGGCUCUGUGGUGACCUCCAGAGCAGCGUCCUUCGAGAUCCCUGUGGUCUCCCAGCCAUCUACUGCUGGAAGGGAGGCCAAAGCCAUGUAUUCCUGCCAAGCGGAGCACAGCCAUGAACUCAGCUUUCCUAAGGGAGCUGUCUUCAACAAUGUGCACCCAUCAGUGGAACCAGGGUGGCUCCAAGCUACUUAUAAUGGCAAAACUGGACUCAUCCCAGAGAAUUACGUGGUGUUCCUUUAGCCAGGCCAGAAAGCAGACAUAGCAAGUCCAUGGUAUCCAUGGUGAUCUUUUCUCCAUAAACGGACUGUUUUGUACGUUCAUGGUAUGCAGUAUGUGAAUAGUUUGAAUGUGUUGACCAAAAAUGGUUAUAAAUACAACAUUAACCACAGAGUAUAUAUGUUUGAUGUAGAUAUUAGAAGUUUUCUAAAAAAAAAAUAAUAAUAAUAAUAAAUUUUAUGUUUCUUCCUGUUAUGCCUUUGGUUCUGUAAGCCUUAAGGUCGAUUAUUUAUAGUCGGAUGAUCACGCAGACUGGAUCUGAUAAGUUGAACUGAUAAUGUGAGAAACAUUGGCCUGUCAUUAACUAUAGCUCUCUGUUUCUUAUACUAUAGUUCAAUUACUGUGAUGAAGGAGAACUUACAAUUAACACACUGAUUAAUGCGAUGGUACGUGACUUUUUCCCACAUAACUUAUCAUUAGAAUGUUUUUUGUAUAUCUGUCACUGGAGGUAGCAGAAGCCAGGACUUGACAAAGUGUGUCUGAAACAUUUCCACGCUUUUCCAGUAUAUACCUUUUUUCCCCCUUUAUCUUCUUAGUUAUUGUAAACAGUGAAAAAGACGUAACAGAUGCAGGACAUCGUUGUUUAGGUCAUCCGUUCUUUAGUAGCAUUAAUGUAGUACGUGUCUGUAUUAAUCAUUAAAUCGAUGCCACCUGUAAUGACGUGUGCUCUGAGAGUAAUGUCCCUGCUAUGUAGCUCUAAGUACUAAAUCUAACAGCUUGUUCCAUUUACAUCUUACAGUUACAGUCACAGAUACAGUUACACAAUCUGUACACUAAGCUUAUUCUUUCUGCCUCUUCAUUCUUACAUUUCAUAAACAUCACAUUUCAUCGCACUGACUUUAUAUUUAAUUUAUUUCAAUAAAAAAAACACAUCUGUAAAAAUAACACCUGAUAUGUAUUAGAAUUACAGAAGCUAAUGCCAAAUGUAUGUCGUCAGCCCCGUUGAUGUCGUAAUACGUGUUAUUUUGUGCUCAUUGAAAUGGCACGCGUUUGCUUAAUAGUUGUUGCUGUAUUUCAUUUCACACUGGUUUAACAUUUCAAUGUACAUGGGGGUGAAUUAUAAAAAGAGUAAUGAUGUAGGUUACAAUUAUUCUAAUGCCAUUUUUAAAUACCAGUCUAAAGUGCCAUAAUAAUUAUUAUUACCUUACCUCAUGUCCACAAUAAAGUCCACAAAGUUCUAUAUCUUGCCCACUAAUAGGACCUGAUAUAUUUGAAUAUAUUUUGCUGAAUGUGUUCACCUGUUCAAUCCAGUCAUGCAUAAUUCAAUGUUCUUAUGCUUGUAUGUUGUUGUUUUUUGUUUGUUUGUUGUUGUUUUUUUACCAAAAUAUAUUUUAAACAACAUUUACCCCAUUUUUAAAGCAAAAUACUAACAAAACGACGAAUACGUCAGUGUUAUCAAACCUUUUACUUUUACUACCAUUAAAGUCUUCUACCUUCACGUGAGGUGAUAAGUAUUAAGUCACUGUUGCUCAUUAGCCUUUUAACUACGAUAACGAUAAGAUGUUGUAGUUUCUUCUAUUACACAUUUCAACAUGUAUUUAAAGAGACAGGUGGCCUUUUGGCUUGAGCAAACAAUUUCUGGAAAAUGUUUUUAAAUUUUUCAUUAAAGUUUUAUUGAAGUUUCUUUAAUCUGAAAACCAUCUAAAGACAAGUUCUAACAUCUAUCCAGUCAUUCACCAAACAUUCUAAUGAAAAGGAUAUUUUACUUGAAAAGAUAUUUAAUGGAAAAAUUUACUGCGGUAUAUAUUAGCAAAUGUUUCUAGCUAAGAAUAGUAGCAUGGAAAGUAAAUAUUAAAAACCCAUUUUUUAGUUUUAAUAAAUAAAUAAAUAAGCUUGUUUUUCGUUUUACUUCCCUUAGUCCUCUAUGGAAUGUAAGUAUCAGUAUAUUUUUCUUGAGUCUGUCCUUUUGUCUUUAAUUCUGGAUCAAUUUCUGUCCUGUGUCCAUGUAUUUGUUUUGUUUUUUAUUAUUAUUCCAUGUGUGUGUGUUUUGUUGUUGUUGUUGUUGUUGUUGUUGUUGUUUUUAUCUUUUUUAUUUUAUAACUGUAUUUCGGUAUUUUUUUGUAAUGUCCUGCACAAAAAAAUGACAAGAUUGUCCUUUUGAAAAAAAAGGGGGGAAAAGGAUUUCUUUGUUGUCUUUCUUUCUUUUUUCUGUAUACUUUUCAGUGUUACUGCUAUUCUACAAUUUGAUAAAGUUGAUAUAAAGUGUU